GCCGAUACGAAGCGCGUGUUAUAAUAUGGGCAUCUACUGAUUUACUAGAGCUCUCUACUUCCGCUGUGCAAAAAUGUCAGGGAAAUCUCCAGAAAAACCGAGCAAGUCUCCAUUCUCGAAGUCGUUUGCGAACGUGCAAGAUAUCGUUGGCGAGCCUUCCUCGCCAGGGCUCGUCGUAGCCAAGCUCUCCCUGGACGCGCUGAGGGACAUACUUGAGGCCGUGGACGCAUUGCCGUGUGUCAAGUACCUCGCCGGCGUUGGUAUCAAAAUUCUCGACAUCACAGAUGAGAUGCAAACUAACAAAGAAGCGCUUCGCACCAUCAGUAUUCGCUCAGGAGACGUCGUCCUUGCUGUCGCUCGCGCAUGCGAAGGAGCACAAGAAGACAUGGUAGCAGCGCUUAACAACGACCUUCAGCAGCUUACUGGCACUAUGAACGAUAUCUUAUCCUUCACAUCAGAAAUAGCUGCCCGUCCGGCGUAUAAGAGACUUUUGUACAAGAUGGAGGAUGCCAACGUGAUCAAAGCACUCGACACUCAACUGACACAUGCAUUCCAAGUCUUCGUGGUCCAGUCAAGUAUCAGUCUUCGAGUCUCGCAGCAACAGAUAAUACAAAGGCUUGCAGAUGCACCUACAGUCACGCGCUUCAAACUUAUCACGACUGCUCCCCUUCACGUUCCAGAAGGAGUGUAUAUAAUUCGCAGCGCGGUGGACGGCCGUGUUCUCGAGGUCGAGCACGCCCGGCUCCAGAGCCGGCGGAGCGACUUGCACACCUAUGUUGUGCCCUUCCGCGAGAAUGUGAGCCCGUAUCAGCUCUGGACGAUCUUCAAGCGCAGCGAGGGAAAAGCACUUGAGUACACGAUCCGCAGCUUUGCGACGGGAGCCGCACUUGACGUGUAUUGCGAACGAGCCGACCCGGGCACGCAGGUCGUUGGACACUCGCCGCAUGGCAAUACAAACCAGCUAUGGGCUUUCUAUGCGACGAGGAUCAUAGAUACCAAGUGCCCAAGUGGCAACGGCUGCGAGUUGCUGCACGCGUCACACCUUCAGGAAGACGGGCCGAAAACAAGUCAAGAAUGGGCUCUCAUACGACUUCCCACAACAACGUCUGUCCCGCGUCCGGCCCCGACGCCGAUGGACAUCCCGCGCCGGGAGUUCUGGCUGCAGAAUGUGGCUUCGGGUAGGUAUGCGGCGGCGACGGGGUUAGAAGACAAGAUGGAUGACGCGAACAUUCUGCUCGAGACGCAGGGCGAACGCGCGGGCUUGUGGCACUUCGUCCUCAUGACCGAAGGCUCGGUCGGAGACGCCUACUCAGAGCACUUCGCCAUUGUGACGGGCGUAGCACCUCGCCUCGCGACUCUUGACCACUACGCGCAGCGUUGCGUGCUCGCGAGCGCGGAGCGCUUCUGGCCGAGCAGCCGUCACCACAUGUGGAAGGCCAUCCCGCGCAACGGCGCGUUCGCAUUUGAGAACAGAGCCUCGAAGCGCCUCCUAUGCCAGAGCCGCGCCAUGGGUGUUGUUGACACUGCCCCGCCGACGGCAUGCGAUAAUCCGGCGUGCCUCUGGCGUCUCGUCGAUCCGCGCACUGGCGAGCCGUGCAAGGUACUCUAUGACGCGACUGCGAACGUUGUACCACCUGAGAUUACAGGGCUGUCUGCACGGUCUGAGGGGACGCAGCAGACAGUGUCGUCGCAGAUGCUCCUCAGAACGCAGGACGCGCCAGCAGACGUCUCGCAGCGCUUUACUGAGAAUCUCAAGACAGAGCACGAGCUCGUGCGCGGGAUGCUUGAGGGCGGGCACACGGCAAUAAUGCUUGGCCCGCAGCUCGUCAUAGGCUGGAGGAACGGAAGAAUAUCGAAGAUAUACCUCGAUGACGAGGACUCGAUGUUGGGAAUGCCGAAGUUCAAAGGGAAGGUAGAUUAUAACCCGUGUCCGUCUUGAGUGUGCAUCGCAUAUCUACGGAAACUGUAGAUGCUUCCUCGAUGGACAGCGUGAGCUAUGUGAGCCCCGGGCUGCAUAGCUUCCCUUGAUCCCCAGCGCAAUAUAUUGCAACCUCUACUGAUCAGGACAUUGAU